AUGGUAGACGCGGUAAUGUCGUUGAAUAUCACUGUGAAAAGUGAAGAUUCCGAGUCCUUUGACGAUGAAGACGAAUCAUCUUCGCUGCUUUCGGGCAAAAGAGCCACGGAGUCUGCAGCUCGUCAUGAUAUUUCUCCGGGAGAAGGCGGUCCAAUAGAAGACCAUGCAGGAUAUUCAACACAGCAUGGGCGGCUAGCAACUAAAACCACCAGCAAACCCAUCGUACUGUAUCCUGUGAGUGCUGACCGUUUCUUUUCCUCUACUUCUGCAGAUGGCAAAACCAUCUUAAAGAUAGCUCCAGCCGCAGUCAUGACCCUCCCGACUCCUCGGCCUCCUCCCCAGGUUUCCCCAGAGUUCUCCUACCAGGCCAUUGUGUACUUGAUCGAAGCAGUGGGGCGCCGCUGGAGCCUGUACGGGACCCGGGAGCGUUCGCAGCUCUUCCAGAGUGUGCAGAAGGAGUUGGAGGAGCAGGGUCAUUGUCUUCCUGUUGAGAAGAUCCGCCGCAAGUGGAACAACUUGAUCGUCACCUACAAGAGGGUCAAAUACAGAGGCAGGGAGACCGGCCAGGCCAGAACCUCCUGGGAGUACUUUGAGAUGAUGGAUGCCAUGCUUGGUGACACCAUCGGCGCCGAGACCACUAGCAGCCCUACCCUAGUAACCAGCAUCCCUAAGGUGAACGUCGCCACGGAAACCGCCAAAACAGAGCAGAAGCCCCUCCUUCCCCAUGGCAACCUCAUCACUGCAUGCACUCGGACACUCACCCUUGUCCCCUCCUCCCUCCCACUCCACACGCCAGUUCCCUCCACCCUCCCUCUCUACACCUUUGUCAGAUCCCUACCUCCCGCUACCCCCGUCCGCUCCUCCCUCCCUCUUCCCACCCCCUUGGACACACCCUCCCCCAGGAUAGCCAAUAACACAGACCCUCUACAGCCAAACCCCUCCCCUGCUCCGGUCGCACAGCCCCCUGCCUCCCGUCACAUCCCCUCCAACCUCAGCCGCAUAGACCUCCGCAGAAAGAAGCGCUGUCGCUUCUCCUCCAAGGGAUCCUCCAUUACCUCCCUUCUGGCCCAGCAGCAGAAGCGAGCAGAAGAAGGCACCUCCUUGCUGCAGGAGUUCCUGAGGAGGCAGGAGGGGCAGGCCAAGGACGAGCAGGGGCGUCGCAGCAGGAUGGAGGCCCGGGGGAGGAGGCGCGAGAGGAGGGAGGCGCGCAUGGCAGAGUCCCUGGGUAGGAUGGCCACGGCUCUGGAGCUGCUUUCCUCCAAACAGGACACAGUCAUUGCCCUGCUGCAGAGACUGGCUGAGAGAGACAGGAAGUGACAGUCAUCGCCCCGGGUUGUCACUAACUUCUAUAGCCACAAAGCCAUAAUUAUGGCUAAACCCCGCCUAUUUUUACUAUUCAUCUUCUUAAAUUUAGAUUUUUAAACCUAACAUUAACCACACUACUAACCUUAUGCCUAAUCUUAAAAUAAGUACAAAAAGCUCAUGUUUGUUUUCAUGAAUUUUGAGUUUAUGGCUAUAUAAUCUAGUGGAAACGUUGCUGCAGAGACUAGCUGAAGUGACACUGUAAUCGCCCUACUGCAGAGCCUGGCCGAGAGACGGGGAGGCUGACUCAGCAUGCGACCGAAGGGGUACUCUUUUUCCCUAUAUUGUGCACUCUCUAUGAGCUAAAACCCAGUGAAAACCCACCUUGUGUCCCAGGUCUAAAUUGGUCCCUGAUUAGAGGGGAACUGGGUUCGAGGUUCAUAUUCGAAUUUGCAUAAUGUAAGGAAUAGGGUGCCAUUUUGGACGCGAGACUCAGAUAAUGUUAAUUGAUUGUGUUGUAGAAUUUACAAUGGAAUAACAAUUUUGAUUGAUUAAAUGGUUAAUUAAUUAAUGAUUGAUCAUGAUAAUCAAAGUAAUUUACAAUAGCAGCAUUUGUUUGCAGCAGUUAUGGUUGGAGAAACCGGUGUGGUGAGUGGAAACCACAAUUUAGGCCUACACAGAUGGAUAAGGAUUGUGAAAUAGUAGGUGAGACUUGUUCUCACUAGUCUGGCAUCUGGUCCAACCAGUAACUCCCGAAACACACACACACACAGCCUUCUCAACGGUUUGAUUGUCAGGCAGCAUGCAUGAGGCCGAUUCAGACCGAGGCAGAUGCAGACACUCUGAGACAGGCUAACAACCAUAGAGAACAGCACCUGUAGCUACAGUAAGUGAAUUGUUUGACAAAGAUUAUCUUAAAUGAUAGCAAUGUUUUCUAAAUUGGUGUUUUCAUAGUGUUGCCGGCUUGUACAAAAAACAACAGAAACAUACUGUAUAGUCAAGGUGCGUAAAUCGAAUCAUUGAGGAUGACACAAAAGUCUCAACUUAUUUCCAUCGUGGUUCUCUAACCUAUAGAUGCAACCAGUACCUCAGUGAUGGAGAGGGAUCUCCUUAGAAGAGGCACCUUCAGUGGUCAACAUGAGACAGACUGAAGGAACUGAUCCACUCUGAGGGGGUGGGGAUAUCAGAUAACCAAAUUCUGGUUUCACCUUUCGCUAAGAAAAACAGGUUGCCUCAACUCAUCCAAUGGAGACAGAAACAAUGAGAGAGUGAUUGACUGUACAGUUUAGGUGAUUCAGUAAAAAAAAACAAUUGUUCGUAAAAAAACAAAACGAUGGGAGAGGGAACAGAGAGAGACAGAUCGUUCUCCAUCCAGGGGAGAAGAAAAUACGAGAAGGACGUAGGAGGAGGGGGUAGAUGCUGGAGCAUCAUGGGACGUCAGUGGGCGUUUGUAAGGGCCACACUGAUAGUGGUGAGUCUGGGAGCUCUCUUUCUCUCUCUUGGAGCAUGGACAGUACUGGGACUGGAAGACAUACAGGAGGAGAGUCCAGGAGAAGCGGAGUCACUGCCACCAGCAAGACCGCUGGACUACCACCUCUGUGUGGAGCUGGUGUUGAGAACCACAGCCAGAGGGGGUGCCAUCGGGCUUCUGAGAGGACUAGCAGCCAUCUCAGUGGUCUGGAUAGCAGAGGUCCUGUCUGGGUCUAAUGGCCUGGUUGCAUCGGUCCUCCGCGCCCCCUUCUUGGGGCUUCUGAUCGGGCUGGGGGUGGGUGCUGCAGAUGGGGUGGGCAGGGUGGAGGAGCUCCUAGAGCCUGGGGUGUGGUGGGAGGUUGUGGGUAACGGGGUGAGCGGGACCGGGGUGGGGGCCAGGGUGGCUGCAGUGAGUGGGGUGGUCAUCGCUGGUUUAAUGAGCAUCAUGACGGUCAGGGCAGUGAAGAAUGUGGCAAAGAGUGGCGAGAUCAGGAUGGCACAGUUCAUUACCGUGUCAGUGGCUGUGGGGGCUGCUAGGAUGGUGCUGUGUUUGGCUCCCGGGUGCAUGGCCACAGGAGCCUUGGUAGUAUCCAUCCUAGGGACACGGAGGGACCUCCACAACUUGGGGGCCCUAGUUGUGCUGGGGUUGGGGUGGUGUGCAGGGCAAAGGUGGCUUGGUGGUGGUGUGUCAGUUUUCUUGGUGUGGGAUAAAUUGGGGCAACUCUCACCCAGACAUCUAAUAGGAAGGUUAGUGGGCUUGACUGUAGCUGUGGUUGGAUCCAUGUGCCUGGGGUUCUCUCUGCAGAUGUACUCAGCUCUGGUCAGUGUGUUACUGGGUGCUUCUAUAGCCUUUCUGUCCUGGAGGGGUGGGGAGGCUGUUUGUAAAGUUUUUGCUGAGGUGGUAGAGAGAUUAUUUGCAGCUAUAAGCAUCAAUACAUAUCAUGGACAAGAAGAGAGACUUUUGAAUACCUUUGGAUGGGGAAAGAGGCCUCUCGAUGCUUGACAUAUUUGUCUUCGAAUUUUGUUGUGAUUAAUUACUGUGAUUAGUUGUCUAAAAUGCAUUUAUUUCCCGACAUGACUGUUACAAAUGUUAAAAGUUUAGAAUUUGUCAAAUAGGGCUGCAGAAAGUACAUUUUGUAGUGAACUUUAAUAUUUGCAACCACAAAACACAAUAAAACUACAUACCCUUUU